AUGCCAUCGAGAAUUCACACCCCGCAUUCCUUGGCCACAAUCCGAGCGGCUAAGCGCCCCACUGAUCCCCUACUGUAUUUUGAUAGUUCACUUUGCCAUGUGGUAUUGAUCCUUACAGUACCUGGAGUAUGA